AUGCCUCCCCGAAUAUCCAUUAUUUCGCGGUUAAGCGCACCUUCUCUAUGUUUUCGCCCUGCCGCGAGUUCAUCAACAUGCUCUUUCUCAACCACAUCCGCAGCCAAUGCGGCAACAUUCGCCCAGCGAAGAGCGCAUAAAGAUCCCUAUGCAUUAGCACAAUCUAGGCAGAGAAAACAGUCCAAUCUGGAAAGGCAAGCAGUACUUAAGAAGGAACGGGAAGCCUCAUUGGGAGAUCCAGUACGGGGAGUGUCCACACCAUUUCUAGAAUCUCUUGAUACCGUCGGAGGAUCUACAAUCAAACUCGACGCAACCAUGACCCAGGGCUUGGGUGGAGGUGUCAAAUUCAAAAAUACCGACAAUGUUCUCUUGAAUCACUUUUUGACCCCAACAGAGCUCCAAGGCGCCAUCCAGCAGUCAUACCAUCUUACGGAGCCUCGAUUAGCCCAGAAUCGGGAUUUAGCGGACCCUCACGAAGAGGAACAGGCAAAGAAGAAGCACGAGGAAGAUCAUGCGAACGCAGUCGCAGCGUUGGCCCGCAUUGUGAGCUUAGAAAACGCAAACUCGAAGGAUAAGACCAGAGCGAACAUUGUGAGGUGUAUAGAUACUUUUGGACGCCACCGGACAGAUGGGGUUUUGAGGCCUAGGGCACCCACUCAGGACGCUAUUGCAGGCGUCGAUAAACCAGAGAAGACACCAAGGGCUGGGCCAGAUACAGGGAGCUCUGAGGUCCAGAUUGCGAUUUUGACUGCAAAGAUUAGAGUCCUUGCCGAUCAGUUGGAAUCGAAGCGCGGAAAGAAGGAUAAGGUUAACAAAAGAAAUUUGCGUUUAGGGUACAUGGAAAGGGGAGAUAAGUCUUUAAAUAAUAUCAAAAUGUAUAUCACCAUGAUCUAA